AUACAGGAAACGCCUACAGCAUAAAUUCAAGUCAAUUUUCAUCAAUGAAUUUUGAAGGCCAUUUCUGUGAUGGAAAAGUGUGGACAGAAUAUCUUGCAGAGUUACUUGACGUCGAGUUAGUCAACUAUGCCAUUGGCGGAGCUACUUCUGACAAUAAUUUCAGUCAAGCAUUCACAGGCCAGCAAUCUAACGUCCCAGGACUUAAACAACAAGUUCAAACUUAUAUUUCGAAUAGACCUAGAUAUGAAAACUGUGAUCGAACUCUCUUUGUUUUAUGGACGAUGGGACAAGAUUAUAUCGUAUCAAACUAUACCGCCUCUCCAAAAUCAAUACUUACCAAUAUAGCCUCCUGCGUCUCUCUGCUGAUCAAUCACUUGGGUGCCACUCAUAUCCUCAUUCCUGGAAUUCCAGAUUUAUCGAAAUUACCAUUACAUAAAAAUGAUUCAGACACACAGAUUUCUUUAAUAAAGAACGUUUGUAAAAGUCAUAAUCACGCAUUGAAAAAUUUCAUAGAACUACUUAAAAAGAUUUAUUAUCAUAUAAACGUACAUAGUUAUGAUACUGCAAAUGAAUUAGAAAUGUUAAAAGAGGAAGCUUUAAAUCAAGAUUGGGAAAAAGUAGAAGAAAAAUUGAUAGAAUUACCAAAAAAACCGAGUCUUCGCAGGAAAUUUGAAAUUAAGAAUGUUAGGGAUGAGUUCAUAAACCCUUAUGAUGGUUCUAUAAGUGGUAAUUUAGAAGGAGAAUACUUUACUCCUGAAAAAUAUUUUUAUUGGGAUUUAAUACAUUGGAGUACUAAAGUUCACGAGGUUGUCGCUGAUGAUUUAUUUGAGAUCGUCAAGUGA